AUGGAGGCUCCAUCAGUGGCACAAUUACCGGGAAGAACCGGAGGAUGGAUCACCUUCCCCUUUAUCAUAGGCAUAUAUAAUUCGAUUUUGACAAAAACAGCGACCACGGUCGGGUUGGCCCUAUCAUUUGUGGGUUGGACCAGCAAUCUUAUUGUGUAUCUUAUUAAGGAAUUUGAUGUGGGGAGUAUUGAUGCUGCUCAAAUAUCAAAUUUAGUUAAUGGUGCUGGAAGCUUAACUCCUGUCAUUGCUGCAAUUAUUGCUGACUCUUUUCUUGGUUGUUUCACUACCAUUUGGAUUUCAUCCAUCAUCUCAUUAUUGGGCACAAUCCUUUUAGCUUUAACAGCUACAGUUGAUUCUUUAAGGCCUAAACCAUGUGAAGUUGGUUCAACCUCAUGUACCCCUAAACGAAUAGGUCAAUAUGUUGUGCUCUAUACAGCCAUAGUUCUAGCAACAUUGGGUAGUGGUGGUAUCCGAUCAACCCUUGCGACGAUUGGAGCCAAUCAGCUAGCUGAUAAACCAAAGGAUCAAGGGAUUUUCUUCAAUUGGUUCUUCUUCUUUUGGUAUUUUGCUUCUGUUAUAGGAUCAACGGCUAUUGUGUAUGUUCAAGAUAACGUCAGCUGGAAAGCUGGAUUUUUCAUUUGUGCAGCCUCCAAUAUUGUUGCUUUAGUCAUUUUCCUAUUGGGAAGCAAAUUUUACACUAAGUUUAAGCCACAAGGAAGUCCAUUUACCAGUUUGGCUCGUGUUAUUGUUGCUUGUAUUACCAAAAGACAACUUGCACUUGCAUCGAUUCCGGAGGAUUUCUUCCAAGGAUGUAAUGUAGUACCUAAAGCAUUACCUGUUGUACCUUCCAGGACCUUCAGGUUUUUGAACCAUGCUGCCAUUAUAAGUGAAGGUGACGUAAAAUCAGACGGUUCAAUAAGUAAUCGAUGGAGGCUAUGUUCAGUACAAGAAAUAGAAGAUUUCAAAACCUUAAUUAAAAUCUUACCGCUUUGGUCUACUAGUUUUUUUCUUGCCACAACAAUUGGCGUACAAGCAAGCUUGUCAAUCCUUCAAGCCUUAGCAAUGAACCGCCACAUAGGACCCAAUUUCCAAAUCCCAGCUGGAUCCGUACUCGUUUUUGUCCUCCUAUCUACUACUCUAUUCCUCGCCCUGUUCGAUAAAUUUAUUUUACCUACGUGGAAGAAUUUGACUGGAAAAUCACUUACACCUCUCCAGCGAAUUGGGAUUGGACACGUGCUCAAUUUUUUGAGUAUGGGUGUUUCAGCCUUAGUCGAGUCAAAGAGACUAAAUGUAGCAAAAUCAAAUGAAGGUUCCAACAUUGUGCCCAUGUCAGUGUUAUGGCUUGUGCCACAAUUAGUCAUCGUUGGUAUUGCGGAGGCACUUUAUUUUCCUGGACAAGUAUCAUUGUACUACCAAGAGUUUCCAAUAACCUUAAAGAACUUGGCGAUCGCGAUGAUUUCCGUGCUUGUUGGUAUAUCAUUUUACUUGGCUACUGCUCUGAUCGAUGUUGUUAGAAGAACAAGUAGAUGGUUACCAGGUGACAUAAAUAAUGGAAGGGUGGACAAUGUGUACUGGAUAUUGGUUAUAGGGGGAGUAGUCAACUUUGGUUACUAUGUAAUAUGUGCUUGGUAUUACAAGUAUCAAAACCUCAAGCAAGUUGAUUCUCCUUAUGAUGAGUGAUCUAAGGAUGCUCAGACUUGUGAGUGUUUAGAGAGAGCAAUAAUUUAUCAUCAAUCUGCAAUUAGUGAAAAAAUAAUUGUGUAAACUAAAAGCUAUUGAGACAUAUCAAAUAAAGUGAACUUUAUCCUAAAUUAUAUGUAUCUAAAUAAGAAAUGUAACUGAAACACAUGAAUUUAGAAAUAAAUAUA